AGUGGAGAGCACCACUCUAGCGGCAUACAUGCAUCAUGUAGAUGCAUACCGAGGUGCCUAAUUAGUUGGUGGUGUAUUUGGUUAGGAACCGUCAUUAUGGAAGCAUUGACUUCUGUGGGUUAAGAUAAGGGACGUUUACCUACAGCCUAGAGGGAAGUGGAUGGCCUGCGUACCGGAAUUGAAUGUAGGUACCUACUUAACGUUCGGGGUGCGCAAUGACGGCUUACCCUCAGCUUUCCGUUAUUUUCUUGAUUUUCCUUUCAAGUGUCUAUUUAUUUUGUUCAUCCCCCCCCGCCUUAUCCGUAUGGAUGUUUUCUAAAGUUUAUAAGUAUAUUUUUUCUUUACUUUUGGUCUGGAAUUGCCCUCAAAGGGAGGAGAGAGGAUACAGCUUGAAUUGCGCAAAAAGCGCGCUGCGGAACUGCGAGAUGCUAAAAGAUCCGGGCAGACCUGGACGCGAGGGUUCAAAGAUGCCGGAAUUGCCCAAGUACCUGACCGGCGACUCUGCCGCCAUCAGCGAGUUCCUCGAUAAGUUCGACGUGUUUUUGCUCGAUUGCGAUGGUUAGACCCCCUCGGCUCAUUUUUGGGAGGUCCUGGAGGACUGAAUGCGCGCGUAGGAGUCUUGUGGUCUGGGGACUACCUGUUUGAGGGUAUCGUCGAGA